AAAUAUGAUUACCAAAAUAGGAGGGAAGGAUUAAAAAGGGGGGAAAAAGCUGGUUAAACCGCGACAAGAGGACCGCCAUAUCUCCUCCGCUAGUGGCCGUACGCCACCACUAGUAUCCGCCGUUUCUCUCAAUUGAUAAGUUCAGGAGAGCGAAGUGCUUUGAUCCUUUACCGAUUGUUCCAGAAGAACCUUUUUGAGACUCUUUAAUUUCUUUUUUUCCAUAAACAAAAAUUCAACGAGAAGCUCGUAAAAUGGGGAACUUAAAGGCGAUGGUUACGGACGAUUCCGACACCGUUUCGGACGAUGACGGCGCCACCACUGUUACUGACUCGCCAUCGUCAUCGCCGCCUCCACAUUCGUCAUCCCUCUCCGGCCCCUUCGAAGAAGGAGAAGAAGUCCUUGCUUAUCACAACCAAUGUGUGUACAAAGCUAAGAUUCAAAAGACUCGAUUUGUGAAGGCAGAAUGGGAGUAUUUUGUUCACUAUACCGGUUGGAACAAAAACUGGGAUGAAUGGUUGGGCAUAGAUCGAUUGAUGAAAGUCACUGAAGAGAACUUACGAAAACAGCAGGAGCUUAAUAAUAAAUAUGACAUGAAGAAGAACGAAAAGGCCAGGCGUGGAUCACAAUUAAAAGCAAAAUGUUCUACUGGGACAAGAGCUAAAAGGCAAAAGAAAGAUGUUCAAAAGGACAAAGGUGUCCUACCUUCAGAGAAGCUUGGUUUUAACAUUCAAAUUCCAUCCUCAUUAAAGAAGCAGCUGGUUGAUGAUUGUGAAUUUAUUACCCAUUUGGGCAAGCUUGUCCAACUUCCUCGUUCUCCGAGUGUAAAUGAAAUACUAAGCAAGUAUAGUGACUAUCGCCUAAAAAAGGAUGGAAUAAUUGCUGAUUCAGUAAGCGAAAUUCUUAGUGGAUUGCAAUGUUACUUUGACAAAGCAUUGUCUGCUAUGCUCCUUUACAAGAAUGAGCGCGAGCAAUAUCAAGAAGCAAUUACAGAUGGAGUCUCUCCUUCAUCUGUGUAUGGUGCUGAGCAUCUAUUACGUUUGUUUGUUAAAUUUCCUGAAAUAUUGCACCAUGCAAAUAUUGAGGAUGAGACAGUAACUGAGUUGCGACAGAAAUUGCAGGACUUCCUCAGGUUCCUACAGAAGAAUCAAAGCUCAUUUUUCCUAUCAUCAUACAUUGAUCCAGAAGGUUCAGAUGUUGUCAACAAGAAAGGAGAUGACUGAGCUCAAAACGUAGUAAAACUUAUGCUCUGUAUAAGUGCCUCCAUCUUGCCCUCAAGCCCCCUCCCUCCACCCCAUUUGUUCUAAGAAAUUGGUUGGUUGCAUUGUACAUGUUGCUUUUGUCUGGUGAAUAGCAACAGCAGGUGCUGUUAUUUUGUAAUGCUCGUUUUAUACAGUUGAAACUCUGCACCUUCAAAAGGCUUCAAUCCCAGGCUCCUUUUUUGCUGUUUA